CCCUCUCAAGAACAAGUUAAUGAGGCUAGUAUGGAGGAGGAAAGAGUCCACUUCUCGAACAUCCUGCUCCCUAUUUUAAGCGCGUUCGGCUCUGCAAACAUGCCUCUCCUUUCCAGCUUUUCGUAUGCUUUUCUUGUUUUGGGUUGACGUGAGUCACGCGUCUUCGCAAGAUGUGUUUUCAGAAGGCCACCGAGUUCGAGUCCGAUUCACCCAUUAAGUCCAUGGAUCGGGAUCUAUACCUGGCAGCAUCCACGGGGGACUCGGACUUUAUCAAACGAUUGAUCACAGACGAAACUGGGUAUUGCCUAACCCAGGUCACCCCACAACGCAACAGCCUCCUUCACAUCGCCAUCACCUCUCAACAAACUGAGCUCGUCCGGACCUUGAUCCGCCGGCUAUGCCCCUGCCUUUUACCCCACCAGAACUCGCAUGGCGACACUCCUCUCCAUGUUGCGGCCAAGAUGGGUUGCUUGGAGAUCGUUCGACUCCUCGUUGACGAUGGAGUGCCCGCGCACCGAGCACGCGAGAUGAGUAACUAUUAUGAUCCGAGCCCCGAUGACCUGAGUCUCUUGAGGAAGGUGAACGGGUGUGGGGAUUCGCCUUUGCAUUUGGCCGUGAGGAGCGGCCACAUUGAUGUAGUGGAGUUGCUGGUGAAAGCCGAUUCCCAACUCAUGUACAUCGAUAAUAAGGUAGGCGAGAGUCCAGUUUUCAUGGCCGUUGAAGCCGGGUUCUUCGAUAUUGCUCGUUGCAUGAUCUUGCAGAUGUCGUCAUCACCAUCAUCGCCCCACUAUAAAGGCGCGAAUGGGCUAACCGCUCUUCAUGCCGCCUUGAUUCGCACCCAUCACGGUCGAGCUCUAGAAAGCCAUGUCCCUGAUUUGUCAUUGGAAAACAUAAGGCGCAUCAUGCGGGAUGGGCUGCUUAGCUUAUACGACGGACUCGCAGGGAGAUUUCAAUCCUGUCAAAUUGAUAUCAUAAAGGUGCUUGUGAACAAGUGGCCACUAAUAGUGACAGAAGCGGACGAGUACGGACGGACCCCACUUCAUUACGCUGCGCAUCUGGGUCAUCUUGAAGCAACAAAGCACCUUCUUGAAAUGAACUGUUCAGUCGCUUAUAUACCUAACAAAGAAGGGAUGUGCGCCUUUCACGUGGCGGCCAAACAAGGGCAUGUUAAAAUCAUGGACGAGCUCAUUGAUCACUGCCCGGACGUUCACGAACUGCACGACGAAAAAGGCAGGACGGCUCUUCACGUGGCCGUGGUGAGCGGGAGAACGAGGGUCGUGAAAUAUAUACUCGGGAAUAAGAAGUUUCAAGAGCUCAUCAAUAUUCCUGACGAAGAAGGGAACACGCCUUUGCAUUUGGCUGCUAAUUGUGGGAAAGAUGAGAUUUUGAUGACACUCACUUAUGACAGAAGAGUUGACAAGAAGGCCGUGAACAAGCAACACUGCAAGGCCAUUGACAUCCUUCACUACAAUCCUUCUCUUGGAGAGCUCGUGAAGCCGAUGUUUGGAUUGCGGGACCUGUCGCAGACUAGGAUAAUGAAGAAGAUGGAGAGAGCUGGCAGCCGACAAAGCUUGAAAUUAGUGAUCCGGGACGAGGCAGACACAAGAAGGUAUGAUCCUUACAGUGAGAAUAACGAUGUGAAAGCUGGAGAUUUAUCCGGAAGUAACAGCUUCAGCGAGCGAGACGUUUUGCUUCGCCUCUACAGUGACAGAUCGUCACUCGAAAGGUCCACAUCUGGCAUGACGUCAUUGAGCGACAACUCCUUCAGAUCAAUCCGUCUAAAGGGUAUAUCGGGGACUCAUCUGCUAGUGGCGACACUCAUAGCAACGGUCACUUUUACGGCCGGUUUAGCUGUUCCGGGAGGUUAUAAAGAUCGAGGAAGUGGCAGUGACGAUCCAGGAAGUGACGACGGCACCGCGGCACUAGUAUCUAGAGCUGCCUUCAGAAUUUUCCUGAUUGCAAAUGCCCUCGCCUUCUACUGCUCCACUCUUUCGGUGUUUCUUCACUUCUUGACAUCAGUGGAGCACAACUUCCACCUCCUUCUCCGCUUCACGAAAUUUGCAGCCGUGCUUACAUAUAUCUCAAUACUAGCUCUGAUGAUAGCGUUCACGUCGGGGAUACGCGCGAUAUUGCCAGGGUGGGACGCUUUUUCCACAGCUACUGUGGCAAUUGGUUGCUGCUUUGUUGUUGUCUGCCUAUUUGGAUUCAUAUGAUGUUGGCAUUGUAAGAAGCUUCAUUCGAGUCGACUUCUUGACGUGAAGUAGUUAGUGGCUACUUCAAUGUAGUCAAGACAGCUACAUCAGGAGGGAAGGGGGGGAAAAGUAUCUUAAAUUGAGAAUCAAGCAAAGAAAUAUUAGAGGGUCUCUGUCUGGUUUACACGAAGUUCAUCCUUAAGACGACCAGAGCGGCAGCCCCUUUGGACAAUGGCUUCCUGAAUUGCUAUUUUCUCUCUCUGUAAAUACUUUCGAGUGUAGAAUAGAUAGAACCUGCUAGAAUGUGUACAGUUGCAAUGGUCAAUAACGGUUCAGCGCGCUAAGAA